UUCCGUGCUCUGGAUCCUCCCCUCGGCUCCUCCUCUCUCAAAUCCCGCCCCUUUUUCUUUAACUUUCCGAUCUUUUCCCGGCUCUUUCUUCCUAAAAAUCCAAGAAAUUUUGGAAUUGUCAUUCCCAGCCCGAUCCAGGAUGGCAGGAAAAUGCGGCGCCUGCGGGCCGGGCUACGCCAGCCCCAUGGAGGCCAUGAAAGGGCCGAGGGAGCAGCUGCUGUACCUGCCCUGCAUCUACCGCAACACCGGGAGCGGCAUUCCCGACUUCCUGGCCACCGUGGACGUGGAUCCCAAAUCCCCCCAGUACUGCCAGGUGGUGCACCGGCUGCCGAUGCCGCACGUGGGCGACGAGCUGCACCACUCGGGCUGGAACGCCUGCAGCAGCUGCCACGGGGACCCCCAGAAAUCCCGGGAUUUCCUCAUCCUGCCCAGCCUGGUCUCCUCCAGGAUCUACAUUGUGGACGUGGCCACCGACCCCAGGGCUCCCAGGCUGCACAAGGUGGUGGAAGCUGAACAAUUGGCUCUCAAAGCCAAUGCUGCCUUCCCACACACCUCACACUGCCUGGGCUCAGGGGAGAUCCUCAUCAGCUGCCUGGGGGACCCUCAGGGCAAUGGCAAAGGCACUUUUAUCCUGCUGGAUGGAGAAACCUUUGAGGUGAAAGGAAAUUGGGAAAAAGGAGGAAAAAUCCCUGAGCUGGGCUACGACUUCUGGUACCAACCACGGCACAACGUCCUGCUGAGCACCGAGUGGGGCGUGCCCAGAGCUCUGCAGCAAGGAUUCAACCCUCAGGAUGUGCAGAAAGGGCUCUACGGGCGCCGCAUCAACGUGUGGGACUGGGGCGAGCGGCGGCUGCUGCAGCAGCUGGAUUUGGGACCAGGCUCUGUCCCACUGGAAAUUCGCUUCCUGCACCAGCCCAGUGCUGCCCAGGGCUUCGUGGGCUGUGCCCUGAGUGGGGAAGUCUGGAGGUUCUACAAAAAUCCUGAAGGAAAAUGGGAAGCAGAGAAAGUGAUUGAGGUGCCCAGCAAGAAAGUCCAGGGAUGGCUCCUCCCAGAAAUGCCAGCUUUGAUCACAGAUAUCCUGAUUUCCCUGGAUGACAAAUUCCUUUAUUUCAGCAACUGGAUCCACGGCGACGUUCGCCAGUACGACAUCAGCGACCCCAAAAACCCCAAACUCGUGGGCCAGGUUUUUUUGGGAGGCAGCAUCUGCAAAGGGGGAGCUGUGACCGUGCUGGAAGAUCGGGAAUUGCGGGAGCAGCCGGAGCCCUGCGUGAUCCAGGGGAAGAGGAUCCCAGGAGGGCCCCAGAUGCUGCAGCUCAGCCUGGACGGGCGCCGUCUCUACGUGACCACGUCUCUGUUCAGCGCCUGGGACCGGCAGUUCUACCCCGAGAUGAUCAAGGAGGGCUCAGUGCUGCUGCAGCUGGAUGUGAACUCAGAGCAGGGGGGGCUGAGCCUGAACCCCAAAUUCCUGCUGGAUUUUGGGAAGGAGCCAGGGGGACCCUGCCUGGCCCACGAGGUUCGGUACCCGGGGGGGGACUGCACCUCUGACAUCUGGAUCUGAGAAUUCCUGGGAAUUUUCUGAAAAUUUUCUGGGAAUUCUGAAAUUUGGGAAUGUGGAAAUUCACCUCUGACAUCUGGAUCUGAGAAUUCUAGGGAAAAUUUGGGAAUUUUCUGGGAAUUCUGAAAUUUGGGAAUGUGGAAAUUCACCUCUGACAUCUGGAUCUAAGAAUUCCAGGGAAAAUUUGGGAAUUUUCUGGGAAUUCUUUGAGAAUUUGGGGCUUUGGGAAUGGGGAAAUGCACCUUCAACAUCUGUCUGUGAUUGCAGGAAUUUGGGAAAUGUCUGAAAAUUUUCUGGGAAUUCUGAAAUUUGGGAAUGUGGUAAUUCACCUCUGACAUCUGGAUCUGAGAAUUCUAGGGAAAACCUGGGAAUUUUCUGGGAAUUCUGUGGGAAUUUGGGGAUUUGGGAAUGGGGAAAUGCACCUUGAACAUCUCUCUGUGAUUCCAGGAAUUUGGGAAUUUUCUGGGAAUUUUCUGGGAAUUUCUGGGAAUUUUCUGGGAAUUCUGAAAUUUGGGAAUGUGGAAAUUCACCUCUGACAUCUGGAUCUGAGAAUUCUAGGGAAAAUUUGGGAAUUUUCUUGAGAAUCUUUGGGAAUUAGGGGCUUUGGGACUGCACCUCAGAUAUCUGGCUGUGAUCCUGGAAAUUCUCUCUGAUUGAUUUUGGAAAAAUAUGAAUAAAAAAUAAAAUAUGAAAUACAUAAAUAAAAUGAAAAAUGAGAAAAAAA